UGACUCAUCUGAUUUGAAUUGGGAGUCCAGUCCGUGAGAGUUCUGGUCUCUGAGUGUAGUAAGCUCUGUGCAGUAGAGACUGUCUUGGUCUUUAUGACCUCUCCAGACCCCGGGCAGGGUGUUGGGUAGAGUCAGCAUCUCUCUUGUGUUAAGUGAAUUGACCCCAGCGCCUUAAAGAGCCCUCCAGGAACCUCUCCCCCAGAGUCUCAGACUCCUUUAGAACCCAACUCUAGAAUAACAUCGUAUCCUGUUGAAGCUGGAACGUCACCUGGGGAAACAGCACCAGAGAAACCCCUGCGUCUGAAGUCCCGGCAUCCAUUGUUCAGAUGGUUGGCGAACAGAGGACCUUUAGCAGCAGUGAAUGUGUUUCCAGCAGCUGCAAUGGCUUCUUUCCAAAGGAAAGGACUGCAAACAAGGAUCCUUAGCACUGAAGAAGAGGAGAAACUGAGAAGAGACCAAGCUUUGGUGUCUGCUUUUAAACAGCAAAAACUGGAAAAAGAGGCUCAGAAGAACUGGGACCUUUUUUACAAAAGAAACAGUACUAAUUUUUUCAAGGACAGACACUGGACUACCAGAGAGUUUGAGGAAUUAAGAUCAUGUAGAGAGUAUGAAGGUCAAAAAUUGACUUUGUUGGAAGCUGGAUGUGGGGUUGGGAACUGUUUAUUCCCACUUUUAGAAGAAGACUUGAAUCUCUUUGCCUAUGCCUGUGAUUUUUCUCCAAGGGCAGUUGACUACGUGAAGCAACAUCCUUUGUAUAACUCAGAAAGAUGCAAAGUAUUCCAGUGUGACCUCACUAGAGAUGACCUUCUUGACCAUGUCCCACCAGAGUCUGUGGAUGCCGUCACAUUGAUCUUUGUGCUCUCAGCUGUGCAUCCUGAGAAGAUGCGCCUUGUCUUACUAAACGUGUACAAGGUAUUAAGACCAGGCAGAAGUGUCUUGUUCCGUGACUAUGGGCUGAAUGAUCAUGCCAUGCUUAGAUUUAAAGCCGGAAGCAAACUUGGAGAAAAUUUUUAUGUCAGACAAGAUGGAACCAGAUCGUAUUUUUUUACUGAUGGGGUCAAUCUCAGGUUAUCUUGGAAAGGACCCAGGUUAAAUUCCCAGCACCCAUUUGAUAGCUCACAACCAUCUGCAACUCCAGCACCAGGGGAUCCAACAACUUCAUCUGACUUUCCCUGGUACCAGGCACUCAUAGUGUACGUACAUAUAUGCAAGCAAAAUUCAUAUCAUACACAUUAAUAAAUCUAAAAGCCAUUUUGUGGUUGUUAUCUUUGAGAUGGAGUGUCACUAGAGCUAGUAGCCAUGGUUAGCCAUGUAUGUAGGAAUACACUGUAGAUCAGGCUGGCCUCUGCUGAGAUUGAAAACAUGCACUACCAUGACUAGCUAAGCUAUUUAGUACCUUGUUGCUGUACUAGGGAUUGAACCCAGGCCCUCAAGUGCUAGGCAAGUACUCUGCUCUUGAGUUAGUCCCCAGUCCUUUUUAAAUACAAAAGAACCACUAAAACAAACAAACAAACAAACAAAACAAGGUCCUCAAGCUUUAUCUGCUAAGCCAUCUUGCCAGCCCUUUUUGUCUGAUUGUGGAUGCCCUCUGUAAUUGGCCAGUGGCCCUGGAGGGGGAAGGGAAGGCCAACACCUAUCUCUGCCCAAUGCAGUUUCUCCAGAAACACAGUUGAUACCUACUUCAGAGUUUACAUUUCAUCAGUGAAAGGGCAUUGGACUGGGCCCAGUUCUCUGUGGGGCAGCAGUGGCUAGAGAGGAUUACUGAGGCCCAAAGUUAAUUUUGUAGACUAUGAGGAACUCCCUAAAUUGGUCCAAUGACCCAUCUCCUGGGCACUGCCAUGUGUGACUUUUAAAUUACAAAACAGAAUUGAAGUUCUUCCCUGCAAACCUUUUCUGUGCUUGCCGAAAGUUGUUGGUGAGAAUCCCAUCCUGAAUCCAUGGCUGGCCAGAGUCUUUCAACCUCAACCAUAUCUUGAAGAGGGGUGGUUGGUCCUUGUGGGGACAAGGCUGGGCAAUAUUCACGGUGGUUCUGUCUAGUCAAAAAUCCCCCAGUCCUGGAGAGAGGAGGUGCUGACUUAGAGCUCAGUUGAGCUUGCUGGCUGACCUUCAGGGCCAUCUGUUUCAACCUGAGAGAAGCCCUUUUCUCCUGCUGUCAGUUGCUCUGUGUAUUCUCUCUUUGGAGGCUCAAAAUGGCUAUUGUAGUAAAAAUAAACCUGCUAACAUACAA